UCUUUAGCACUCUUCCGUGCAAAUCGCCAUCCACGCAAACAAUCCCCUCCGAAUCCGUGACUGGCCCUGUCCUUUUUUGCGGCCAUGGCGCAACAGCAGUCCCUCAGCUCUAACAAUCCGUUUCGCCGCAAAGCCGCGUCUUCCGCGCCCGCUGCCCCACCCGCGGCUGUCCCACGGUUCGCCGACCUUGACGAGUCACCAGGCCCAACCCCUGGCGUAGAGCCCGAUCUACCGCCAGCAGACCUGUUUCGGCACCAGUUACAAUCGCUUUCCGCCUCCACCGAACCGCCCCCGGAGACAAGCUUCCGGAAACCCAAGGUGGUCAAGAAAGUUCGCGUGCAGUCCCCCCCGUCAUCCCCCGACUCGUCCGGCGUGCCCGAGCAGUUCCCGUCGGCCAGCUCAGACGAGGAUGACAGCAGUAUCGGCCCCAGCGACGAGACUGGAAAUCAUGAGGACCCUUUCGAUCGUGCCUCAUCAACAGACUCGGCAGACGUGUCGGAUAAGGGAGAAGAUGAUCCUCAACCGCUACCAACAUACCGAACCCCGCCCAACCCGUUCGAAAAGACCCUGAGAGACCUAAACGUCGGACCGGCGGGGUCGGAGAAGAAGGGCCCUGAGAGGGCGUCAGGAACAAGGGGUGUUCUAGAUGUUGACGCUUUCGGGCGGUUGCUGUUGACGGGCCAAGCUGGGGGCGCAGCGUCAUCCCAGGCCGCGUCGCCGUUUAUUACCGAGCACGACACCAAACACCCACCAGCACCAAACAGCAAUGGUGCGACAACAAGAGACGCAACCUCUGCUCCGCGGAGCCCAAGCUCUGGUACGUUACAAGUCGCACAAGAUACGCCACAAUUGUCCCGGGAAGCGUUGGAGCACGCAGGUCAGAGCGACGGGAGCGGCUCCGUUAGCAGCGUGCAGCCCAGCACCCUGCCGAAUGUACAGACAACUCCUCCCCAUCCCAAGAAGAAGCCACCCCCACCGAGCUCGCGGCACGGGAAGCUCAUUAAUCCUGGGCCGGCCGGGGCAGCCGCGGAGUCAAAACCGACAGCAGGCGGGGCUCAAGGCCCGGUGACCAGUCCGGGUCGCAGGGCCACCACCAGCCUAACUCCCGCGUCCCCAUCAAGUCCGCACAGUGCCAACAGGUCACUCUCUUCCGCGUCUCAAGAGCCUCCCGCGGAAGAGGCCUCAAACAGUGUGCCUGAUCGCGAAGCGGCUGGCAAGCUGCUCGGGCCCGAGAUACAGCCGGGGCUCAACAUUGUCAUACCACCAAGGCCACCAACGCCGCCGAACGCGUCCCAUGCGACGGUGGUGACAGGGACGCAAUCAUCUAGGAAGCCGGCACCGCCGCCCAGGCGACAACCCCACGUCCGUUCAGGGAGCAAAACAGCAUCUGGCGCGGUGUCAGCGGUCCAGCAUGACGACCCGGAGUUGCCAGUCAGGCGGUCAUCUGUCGACUCGACAAAAUCCCGAUCAUCUGCCGCCGCCCGCGUCGGCGUGCAUGCGCCGGCACCACCUCCGCCACGGCGGCCUAGCCAUGCCUCGCGUGGCUCCAUUUCGCACGCCGUUCCGCCACCCUCUCCUACCGCACCAAGCGAGGAUAGCGAACCGAUCUUCCUAUCCGGCGGCGCCCCAAUUGUAUCCUCACCUGCCACGGUAAGCGACGACACUCCCGACGGCAGCGGCAGCUCCACCCCAGCUCCGGCUCAACCGCCCGCAACCGCAGCCCCGGGCACCAAGCCCGUGCCGCCGCCGCCGCCGCCCGCACGCAACGCGUCGGUUCGCGGAAAGAGACCGGCGGCGAGCAGGACUGUCCCCGCAUCACCAUCCUCGUCAUCCCCCGACGCGUCGGGCUUGACUAGGAGGUCAAGCGGGAGCGGAAAUCGGGGAAAGGAACCGCCGCCCCCGCCAACGAGACAUCGGGAUCGGGGAAAUAGUAGGGGCAGCAGCGUGGAAGGCGCUGCCGCCGCGUCGGGAUGGGCGGAAAGCCAGCAGCCCGUCCCGGAUGCGGAGCGGUCGGUCGACUCGGGCCCCGCAGGGAUGGAGUCCCAUGCCGGGGAAAUACUGGCGGACUUAAAUGCGUUGCAGAGGGAGGUGGAUGCCUUGAGGGGGCAGGUCGAGAAGGCUGGGUAAGGAGAAGGAAGAAGAGCGUACCCCGGAACAAGAAAGAGAAGAUGCCGAGAUCUUAAAACUCUGUUUUGAGCUUGUUCCCGUUGGUUUGAUCUGUUGUUGUCCUAUUGACCCA